GAGGGGAGGGCAGGUGAGAUGGAGACGGAGUCGGCGCUGAGGGGAGUCCGAUGUUUUUCAUCCUCCGUGUCCUGGAACCUUGAAACAUGCCAUUAAGUGGAGGCCUAUAUGGUUGUGAAGACCCCACCUACUGGAGGACAGUGUUUGAUGUCUACUGGGAUGUACUCAAAGCCAAAGGAGGCAGGCAGAAAAAACUUGCUGAGUUGGAUAAAUGGUAUCAGGAGGAGCUGCCAGUUGCUAUUGCAGGAAGGAGAGAAAAAUAUCUGACACAGGCUGAAGUGGUGAAACUGAUGGAAUGGAAACUUGCUCGGGGAAAGUUUCGUCCUCGUCUGCAGCAGCUGGUGGCCACUAACUCCAGUGAAACGGUGGAGGGCUGUACAAGGAAAGCUUUCCAGCUCCUUCCAGACGUGGCAGCUGCCAUUACUGAGCUGAGCCAGCUAAAGGCUGUGGGAUCAGCCACAGCUUCGGCAAUUCUAGCUGCAGGAGCCCCAGAGGCUGCGGCAUUUAUGGCAGAUGAAGCAAUGGAGUCCAUUCCAGGCCUCACCCCAAUUCAAUAUACCCUCAAGCAUUACAUCCUCUACCUGGACAAGAUCCAACUCUGUGUCAAGAAACUAAACAAAGCGGAUACAGAGAAAGCAUGGACUCCUCAUCGUGUGGAGAUGUGUCUCUGGGCCUGGGCCGUGGCACAGAAAUGGUGUCCUUCACUGCUGCAGACUCUCAGCUCAGGGGGAGAGAAGGCAGCUGAUGAGGCGGAUGAGGAUGUUAGACCCACAAAGAAAUGGAAAGCCAGGAUGCCAUCCUGGCCCCAGCUCUGACUUCCUGGACCAUUUACCUCCUUCAUCUCCAAUAAUCCCAUUGAUUGAAGAUUCCUCCAGCUGGAAUUGUAUCAUCAGAGUUCUUCCAUCACAAUAGCUGCAUGUCAUGAUCAUUAAAAGAGCUGGUGAUGUGCUCAGCCCUGAACAAUAGUCAGACAUCAUGAAAGUCUCUGCUCUGGAGAGCUUAUGCUCUGCGUGACCGACAAAAUGCAUUGAAACAUCCAGAGGGGAAGUCAUCAUGGGUUUUAUUUCCCCCUUCCUUCUAUUCCUCUCCCCAGUCUAUUCAGUUUUUCCAUGGGUACACCCUACAAAAGAAGGGUGUCUUUAGUAGGGACUUGAAAGGGGAUUGGAGACCUGACAGAUGGGGAUCAGGAGAUCAUUCCAGGCAUAGGAAGCAUCACAAAA